CCUCAGCUCCCCAGCUUUGCUGCUCGGGUUUCUCACGUUGCUGUGGGCUAGGGAGGGGGUAAAAGUUUUCUGGAGGAGGGAGCUGGCGAGCUUCGGUGCGCGUAGAAGCUCGGACUGCAACUUUGUGGCUUUUUGAAGCUCCAUCUUCUCCCGAGGCAUGCCCGGAGUUCAUUGUUUGGAAUAAAAGAAGGAAAGAAAGUUGUGUGCGUGGGCUGCGUGCGUGUGGACUCUCUCAAGCGAGGGAGUUGCUGCUGGGGUCGUGGAGUGAGUGUGCGUGUGCUUGUAUACGUUAGUUGGACUGUGGGGCGGGGGCCAUUGAAACUGCUGGCCGAGCGGCACAAGGAGCCCCCGCGAUGGGCCAUUCGAGGCUCCGCGCUGCCGCCGCCACCACACUGGGGCUUAGGCUGUUGCUCCUCAGUCUGCUGGGCUUUGUGGGUUCGGCCGCUGGGCAGAGCAGCAGCAGCAGCCAGAGGAGCGGCGGGCGCCCCACCACCAGUGCCUCCGCCUCCCCGCCGUGCCCUUCUCCUUGCCGUUGUCUCCGGGACCUGCUGGACUGCAGCCGCAGGAGACUGACCGAGCUCCCAGAGCCUCUCCCGCCCUGGGUAGUGCAGCUGGACUUAAGUCACAACAGAUUGUCUUCAAUCAAAGCAAGUUCUCUGAGUCAACUCCAGAGACUUCAAGAAGUGAAACUGAACAACAAUGAAUUCGAGGCCAUACCUAAUCUGGGAGCAGCAGCAGCAAAUAUCACCCUUUUGUCCCUGGCCAAUAAUAAAAUUACUGAAAUUUUACCUGAACAUCUAAAACCAUUUCAGUCACUGGAAACUUUAGAUCUGAGCAGCAACAAUAUUUCAGAGCUCAAAACUACAUUCCCUUCUCUACAGCUCAAAUAUUUGUACAUAAAUAGCAACCCAAUCAGAUCCAUGGAAGCUGGUUCCUUUGACAAUUUGGCUAACACACUUCAAGUACUGAAAUUGAACAGAAACAAAAUCUCAACUAUUCCCCCGAAGAUGUUUAAACUGCCUCAUCUGCAACAUCUGGAGCUGAAUCGCAAUAAAAUUAAAAAAGUGGAUGGGCUCACCUUUCAAGGACUCGGUUCUCUGAAAUCACUGAAAAUGCAAAGAAAUGGGAUAAACAGACUCAUGGAUGGAGCCUUCUGGGGACUUAGCAACAUGGAAAUCUUGCAGUUGGAUCAUAACAACCUAACAGAGAUUACCAAAGGCUGGCUUUAUGGUUUGCUGAUGCUGCAGGAGCUCCAUCUUAGUCAAAAUGCCAUUCACAGGAUCAGCUCUGAUGCCUGGGAAUUCUGCCAGAAACUCAGUGAGCUUGACCUGACUUUCAAUCGCUUAGCAAGGUUAGAUGAUUCAAGUUUCAUCGGCUUAAGCUUACUAAAUACUCUUCACAUUGGAAACAACAAAGUCAGCUACAUUGCUGAUUGUGCCUUCCGGGGGCUUUCCAGUUUACAGACAUUGGAUCUAAAAAACAAUGAAAUCUCUUGGACCAUUGAAGACAUGAAUGGUGCUUUCUCAGGACUUGACAAGCUUCGUAGACUGAUACUCCAAGGAAAUAGAAUUCGCUCUAUUACCAAAAAAGCCUUUUCUGGCUUGGAUGCCCUGGAACACCUAGACCUGAGCAACAACGCAAUCAUGUCUUUACAAGGAAACGCAUUUUCACAAAUGAAGAAACUUCAAGAAUUGCAUUUAAAUACAUCAAGUCUUCUGUGUGAUUGCCAACUCAAGUGGCUCCCACAGUGGGUGGCAGAAAACAACUUUCAGAGCUCAGUUAAUGCCAGUUGUGCCCAUCCUCAGCAGCUAAAAGGGAGAAGUAUUUUUGCUGUGAGUCCAGAUGGCUUUGUUUGUGAUGAUUUUCCUAAACCCCAGAUUACAGUCCAGCCAGAGACCCAGUCAGCAAUAAAAGGCUCCAACUUGAGUUUUAUCUGCUCUGCUGCAAGCAGCAGUGACUCCCCAAUGACAUUUGCCUGGAAAAAAGAUAAUGAACUACUCCCUGAUGCUGAAAUGGAAAAUUAUGCACACCUCCGAGCCCAUGGAGGGGAAGUGAUGGAGUACACCACUAUUCUUCGGCUGCGCAAUGUCCAAUUUACCACUGAAGGGAAAUACCAGUGUGUCAUUUCUAAUCACUUUGGUUCAUCGUACUCUGUCAAAGCCAAGCUUACCGUAAAUAUGCUUCCUUCAUUUACAAAGAUACCCAUGGAUCUCACAGUCCGGGCUGGAGCAAUGGCCCGAUUAGAAUGUGCUGCUGUUGGCCACCCAGCUCCACAGAUUGCCUGGCAGAAAGAUGGCGGCACAGAUUUUCCAGCAGCUCGGGAAAGACGUAUGCAUGUUAUGCCAGAGGAUGAUGUGUUCUUUAUUGUGGAUGUGAAAAUAGAAGAUGUUGGUGUUUAUAGCUGCACUGCCCAAAACAGUGCUGGGAGUAUAUCAGCUAAUGCCACACUGACUGUCUUGGAAACACCAUCAUUUUUGCGACCAUUAUUGGAUCGAACCGUGACUAAAGGAGAGACGGCUGUCUUACAGUGCAUUGCUGGUGGGAGUCCUCCACCCAAGUUGAACUGGACUAAAGAUGACAGUCCUCUGAUUGUAACAGAACGGCAUUUUUUUGCUGCGGGAAAUCAGCUGCUCAUCAUUGUGGACACAGAUAUUGAGGAUGCCGGAAAGUACACUUGUGAAAUGUCAAACACGCUUGGAACUGAAAGAGGGAAUGUUCGUCUUAGUGUAAUUCCCACUCCCACCUGUGAUUCUCCCCAGAAUGCUGCCCCAUCAUUAGAUGAUGAUGGAUGGGCCACCGUGGGAGUUGUGAUCAUAGCCGUGGUUUGCUGCGUGGUGGGCACUUCCUUAGUGUGGGUGGUCAUCAUAUACCACACAAGGAGGAGAAAUGAAGAUUGCAGCAUUACCAACACAGAUGAAACGAAUCUACCAGCUGAUAUCCCAAGUUAUUUGUCAUCCCAGGGAACAUUAGCCGAAAGACAGGAUGGGUACGGCUCAUCGGAAAAUGGGAGCCAUCACCAAUUUAUCACUUCUUCAGGGGGCGGCUAUCUUUUACAACGUGACAGCAGUGGCACUUGUCAUAUGGAUAAUAGCAGUGAAACAGACAUGGAAGGUGUCACAGAUCCAUUUUUAUGUCACUACCUGGGAACAACAGGCACAGUGUAUCUGAAGAGCACAGUCUAUGGCUCCGAUUCUUUUGAUACCUACCGACCAGGUUGCAGCCCAGAUCCAAGAACUUCUUGCUUGGAUCAUUAUGAUUCUGCCUAUGUAAAGAAAAAAGAAUGCUACCCAUGUUCUCAUCCAUCAGAGGAAUCCUGGGACCAAAAUAUGAGUAGUGUUGGAAUGUCGUCUCCCAUAACUAAGUUAUUCAACUCUAUCUACAUUCAAAAUGAAGGUUCUGGGAUCAAAAGCUUGUCUCAAGACAGAAAUGCUGUUGAUUUUAAUGCAAUCCCAGAGUCAACAUCGACUGCAUCCAAUAAUGCUUUUAUGGGAACAUUUGGGAAGCCCCUUGGGAAGCCUCAACUGGAUGCUUUUUCAAGUUGCGGGCAGCCAAAACUUUUACACAUGAAUCCUCAUGACUCUCAAGACUUUUCCUCAGAAUUAGAAGAAGAUGGGAGAGAGAGGACAGUUUUUCCAGGAGAAAAUCACACACAUGCCUAUAAACAGGUCUUGGAAGGCUAUAGGACUCCUACUUUACAGUCUUAUGACCUGGACACAUAGCUGCACUGGUACUAACUAUUGAGUGGAACCAAAGAAAUCUUCUAACAUACUACCUCAAACAGACUUUUAUUUAAGAAAAAGAGAAUCGUAUGACUUUAAAGGAAACUGAAUUUUUAAAGAAUACCCCAAAAUGCCUAUUUAUACAAAUUUUUAAAACUGCCAAAAAUGUUAUAAAAUUUUAUACAGGGAAUAACUUUCAUAUAAGAAUAUCAUUUAAAACUAUUUUAUAGCUUUGUUUUAUGCAAAAUUGUAUCUUUUGUAAAUUAAUGGUAUAAAUAUCAUGACUAUUUUAUGUAUUUUUAUAACGCCAGAUUUCUUUUUUUAUUGAAAAUGAGUACUAAAAAAAGCCUUUUGUUUAAAAAAAAAACAAAACAACAGCACAGUCUUAUCCCUUCUUGGAAUGGAGGUGGUUCAGUCUUUCUUUCACACAGGACAUAUAAUAAGAUGUGGGGCCUUGCGGUCCCAAAGUCCAUACAGAUAAAGAUAAAUGGAUGGAAUUACUACAUAAAAUUUGUUUUUAACGUCUUUGGAAUCCAUUCCUACCAAUUCUUAUUCCGAAUAUUUUCCAGUUCACAAAUGAAUGAAUAUUCUGUUUGCUCUAUUAAUGGGUCUCUUAAUGUACAUGGUAGAGGUUUGUUGACGAAGGGCAUGGCGUAAUACAGCAAACAUGACCAAAAGCACUUUGCUAUCCUGCAGUUGCAUUUAUGCCACUUUAAGCUGUACCUCAAGACCUUGCCUUGUGUAGCUUUUUACUUUUCCAAAAGCACUUUUACAUUCAUCAAUACUAUUACAUGUAGGUAGGGGGUAGUAGUUAUGUGUUGCAUUUUUUCACCUCUAUCCCCAUUUUACAGAUGAGGAAACUGAGGCAAGCAGAAGUGAAGUAAAUUGUGCAGCAUCCCUCGCACUAGGAAGUGUUUGAAGUCAGGCUGGAACUGAGCUUUGCCUGACUGUAGACUCAAUGCUUUUAUCAGCACUGUGCCACCUACUAAAUGAAUCACUUGAAUGAGAUAGCUUAUCUAAAUGAUUCUACACUUUCAUGUUCACCAAAUGGUUCUUCAGGGUUUCCUAGAAUUCUGUAGAGAAAUUGUUGCUAAUAGUAUCUUGUUUCUGAAGACUAAAUACCAAUUCUAGCAUGUAAAAUCAUCAGAAGAUUCAGUCAACAAAUCAAGGAAAAUGGUCUAUUAAAAUAUUUGGUUCCUAGCAGUAUUUGGGUAUGGAAAUGGGAAAGGGAAGUGACAUGUGAAAAAUGAAUGUAAUUCUGUGUUUUACAAAGGAAGGUUUUUCAAUAGGUGGAAGUGGUUAAAGGAAGCAAUUCAUUAAAUUUGAUAAUUCCAAAAA